AUGCUGUGGUCUUCUUCACGGCCCUUGGCGGCGCAUCUGGAUACGGAGAUAGAACAGAGUAACUUUUUCGUCACCCAGCAAGUUGGCAAUGCUUUGCGGGAGGUGUGCAUACUGGAUGCCUUCUUCCGAGCGUGUCCGGAGAAGUUCGUGCCCACCUUCUUUGACGAGGCCGGGCACCGCGUCGCCGUGCAGUACCUCUUCGCGGUCCUGCGAAAGCACAUGCCCGCGGAGAGGCUCCUGCACUAUCGGGUGGGGCAUUCGGCUUUGCCCGGACAUCCCGAGCUUGGUCUGACUUCUGGUGUGGAGUUCAGCUCUGGGCGACUUGGUCACCUCUGGGGCCAUGUCAAUGGAGUUGCCCGGGCAGAGCCAGGCCGGAUAGUUUGCUGCUUCAGUUCCGAUGGAUCUCAGAUGGAGGGCAACACUGCAGAGGCCGCACGAUUGGCAGUUGCACAAAAGCUGAAUGUGAAAUUGUUCGUGGACGACAAUGACACGACAAUUUCCGGGCAUCCAUCUUCGUAUCUAAGCGGUUUUGACGUUGGUCGCACGCUCCGGGGCCACGGGCUUUCUUCCGAAGAUGUGGAUGGCGAGGACAUCGAUCGAAUCUAUCAGGCCAUGCGCAAAGCAGUUGUGGAGGACGGUCCCUUUGCCGUGGUUCUGAAAAGGAACAUGUGCCCAGGCGUAUCAGGGCUUGAAGGAUCCACCGAUGGCCAUGACGCGAUGCCUGCGAUUCACGCAGUCGACUACUUGGGAUCUCGGGGCUACGACAAAGCUGUCGAGAUGCUGAAGAAUGUGCCCAAGACAUGCGAUCCUCAUCAGAACUUCUGGGGCUGCGGCAAAUUUGGUGCACCACGCCAGGUUUUCGGCGAGACUGUAGUUCGAGUUCUUGGCCACUUGGGUUCUGAUGAUGAAAGACGGUCAAGCGUCCUGGUGGUGGACAGCGAUCUGGAAGGUUCAUGCGGGCUGAAGAAGGUGCGAGAGACCUAUCCUGAGGUCUAUCUGAAGGGUGGGGUUAUGGAACGUGGCAACUUCAGUGCUUGCGCUGGGUUUGCCUUCCGUGGCAAGCGCCAAGCUGUAUUCGGCACAUUUGCAGCCUUCCAGGAGAUGAUUCUGAGCGAGGUGACCAUGGCCCGGCUGAACCACUGCAAUGUUUUGUGCCACUUCAGCCAUAGCGGUGUAGACGACAUGUCGGACAACACUUGUCACUUUGGCCUGAACAAUUUCUUUGCCGACAAUGGUCUCCAAAGUGAGACUUGCCAUGACACCCACCUUUUCUUUCCUGCCGACGUUCAUCAAACGGCCAAGUUGGUGGAAGCGGUCUUUUGGAAGGAAGGUCUGCGAUUCAUCUACACCACGCGAUCCAAGGUGCCGGACAUACUGAACGAGGAAGGCCAUCCGUUUUACGGAGACUACACUCUCAAGUUGGGCACCGAUGACAUUGUCCUUGGUGGAGAAUCUUGUGACGGCUACAUUGUUUCAUAUGGCGACGGCCUGUACCGAUCUUUGGAUGCUGUUCAGCGACUGCGAAACCUGGGUGUCAACAUUGGAUUAGUCAAUAAAUGGCACGUGAAUGCAGUGGACGAGCGGGUCAUGAGCAUCAUCGGCCGCUCAAAUUUCGUUCUCGUGGUUGAGUCGCAAAAUAUUCGCACUGGACUUGGCCUUCGCAUGGGUACUGCACUUCUGGAACGCAACUUGACUCCUCGCUUCGGGCGCUGCGGAACGCACCGCGAUGGAUGUUGUGGUACAUGGGAGCAUGCUUACCAUCAAGGUUAUGAUACCUCCUCUAUCACUGAGAAAGUUAUCGAGUUGGGCAAUCUCCAUCCAGAGAUGGAAGGCAAGAUCAAAACGAAUAUCAACACCCCAUUGUACGAGAACCACCGGCAGCGAGCCGUGGCUCGUCCACUCUGCCCAAUGGGAACGGCAAGCUGA